GUAUCCAGAUUUCGAUAUUAAAACCGAAAGUAGAACAUAAAAGUUGAGGAAAGUUCCAGCACAACAGUUCAACUGCUCAACUCUCCAGUGAACCACACUCAUUCCUCGUAGACUUCACUGCAUCAUCAGGUGACAGAAGGAUGGAGUUCCCUGAAAUCAUUGAUCUAAAUGUGGGCGGACGACAUCUCAGCACCCGUGUUUCAACUCUCACCAAGUACCCGGGUUCCAAGUUGGCCGAUAUGUUCAGUGGGAAGUACGCUAUUCCCCAAGACAAGGAUGGCCGCUUCUUCAUCGAUGCGGAUGGAGACGUUUUUGUCCACAUCCUCAACUUCCUGAGGCAUGAGACGCUGCCCCCUCCCGACCAGGCUAUUGAUGUAAAUAAGUACGCAAACAUAUUUGGCAUAGAGCAAUUAAGAGCUAAACUUUUAAAAUGGGAACCAGUCUUGAAACAGGCUUUGAGAGACAAGUGGAAACGAGAGAUCGACGGAUAUGAUGAUUGCUUGAAUCAGGUGCGAGAAGGGUUGAUCGCAAGUCGGUAUCAAAGAGGUCACCUGUACAUUCAAUUUACGGAUUCAUUUCAACACGUAUUCUCCUCGUGCAAGGUGGUUGGUAUUCCCGAGGGGCAUCAGGUGAUCAACGUGAAAUAUUCCUCCAACAAAACGGACGGUACGAGUCUUGUCGCAUUCCUCAAUGACGAUCUGAAACGUAUGGGUAUUUACCUACAGCCGGGAGACUUCCGCCCUAAACCAGAGUGUGGUUGUCGCGUGGUCCUGCACUACAUGAUAAAAUCCGAGUAAUUGAUGUACACAAAUCAACAAACGCGUGUAGUGAAAUUCAAUUUCGCACGUGCAACUCGUACAUCUGGCUGUUCUACUAGCAAGUUGUCCCCCCUCGUAAGAAAUAGCGUGAAGUAACAACAAAAUACUAAUCGUUUGUUAAACAACUUUUUAUUCGGGUGUCUAAAAUUAUGAGACAAAUCAUUAGAGUUGGUCUGUCGAUUUCACGUGACUGUGCUAAAUUUGGUUUUGUUGCAUUUAUUAGCUUUUGUGUAAGUGAACAAUUCAUCGGUCUCAAAUGAAAUCAAACGGACUGUAGUGUACACGUACGGACAUUCUGUCACUUGAAUACACAUGAGCUGUGUUUGUAUCGUAUGCAUUUUAUAAUAAAGAUCUACAGAUUCUGCUGAUGUUCCAGUGAUUAAUACCGGAUUAGCUCCGUUAUGAUCAUUACUUCAGCAGUCACAAAACAUUAGGAUGGAGUGCUCCAGACCAGAGACAUUAUCCUCAGAAGUGAGAUCCACCUAUAUCAUGGUACGGGAAGAAUCAGGAUUUCGAUCUGACAACGUCGGGCUGAAAGUAAUGUGGAAAGUGGCACUUUUGUGAAAUCAAGUGUUCAAGGAUAAUGUCUGUUCUUCACAAGUGAGAUAACAUGUGUGACCUUUCAUUGAUACAUACGUUUUAGACGAAUGAUUUAGUGUGGAUGAUGUUAAGUAAUUUUUAUUGUGAGAGCUAUAGCUGCUUAGUGUUU